AUGGCCCGAACGCGACAGGUACAACUUCGUUCUUCGAAAGUCUCGUACCUGGCAACCAAGACCAAAGCUACCAAGACGGCCGAUGCCACCAAGACGACUACGACAGAAAAGACAGCUAAAGCAACGAAGACAGACAAAGUAGCGAAGACAACCAGCCCAAGCAAUACAGUCAAAAAACUCAGAGUAACAAGAUCAGCCAAGAAACGACAGGAUGAGCUCAGAAAGUCCAGACAGGCUGCACACUACGCCGCAUCGAUCUCCGACCUCUUCGCCGCCAUCUACUACGACAUCAACCGCGUGUGCAUCACAUACCGAGCGGUCCGGCGGCUGAAAAGGACCGAAUUCCUCCCCUUCUACAAAUGGCAAUACGAGCAAGCCGACAAGAUCGUCCGCACCGUCGCCAACCUGAACGUCGAAGAGGUAGACCCAUGCGAUGAGAAAGACACGGACGUGGUGCGCCGGCUCGACGGAAUCGACCUGUUCACGCAGGAGCUAGGCUGGAAGAUGCUGGCCAUCUGCGCCUUCUCCGACGGCUUCCGCAUCAUGUGUCGGGAUCAGCAAGAUAUCGGGUUUUGGGAGGCAUUCAUCGACGCAUGCGAGAAGAACGCACUGAGUCUGGAGAUUUUUGCUCGGUCGCGCAAUCUCGACUGGCGCGGUCUGCUUAGCCCUCACUCGAAGUCCGGCAUCGUGCGCAUCAAGAAAGCACUGGCCGAGCCCCCGUCGAAGCUGACCCACUUGCACCCGCACCAGAUUGUUCGCCAGCUCGACGGCACCCUGGCCAAAACACACCACGACAAGAUCCGGCAGAUCAACACCGAGAACUGCAUCUUCGACCCCGAGAAGUCCACCGGCGACGACCCCACGAUCCGGACCGCGGAGCAUGGGAGCUGUGACCUCUGCGGGUCAGACGAUCCAUGCGACUGCCUGCUGGACGGGCUGGCUGGGACGCUGGUCGAGCUGGUCGAGUACCCUGGUAAGGGAGUGGGGAUUCGGUCGCUGACGAAGUUCAAAAAGGGUGACAUCCUGGGCGAGUACACGGGAGAGAUCCGGCCGGAAAACUACCUCGGAGACCCCGUGUACAGUCUCAACUUGAUCCACAAGAACGACCAGCACAAAUCCCUAGCGCUGAUCUCCGCCGUGCGCUAUGGAAACUGGACUCGCUUCAUCAGCCAUUCCUGCAACUCGUCUACCAAGUUUGAGUGCCGCACCAUUGGUAAGCGGAUCAUGAUGACUGUGGAGGCCGCGCGAGAUAUUGGCAUGUUCGAAGAGAUCACCAUUGACUAUGGGCUUUCAUAUUGGACGGGUAUUAGAGGUAACUGCCGCUGUGGCGAGGACGAUUGCAUUUCCAAGGAGGCUUGA